GGCGGGGAGAGGCCGCUCGCUGCUGUCCCGGGGCAGGGCUGGCGUGCCAUCCCCUCCCUCGCCUUCCUUCCCUUUCUUUUGGCACAGAGCAGGGUGGCUUUGAAGGGCACGGUGCGGCUUCACAGGCUGCCGGGUACCCAGCCCGGCGCAGGACCGGCCCGUGUGCCCCGUCUUCCGGGGCAGCACCGCUGCCUGCAGGGCUCCCGAGCCGAGGCCGUCGUAGCAGAGAAGGAAAAGUGAGCGGUUCGGGUGUCCGAGUCCUGUGCUGGGGCUCCCCGCUGCUCCAGGGCUUGUUUCCCUGGCAAGGUUUUUGUUCCAUCAGCUCACAGUGAUGAGCAUCGUCUUGACCCGUAUAAUUUAUCUGAAAUCUAGUCUGUAAAGAGAAGAUGCUUCACAGCUGAGGGUGAAGCGCUUCAGAGUUUUAGUAACUCAGUGUGAUUCUCUGCAUAGAAUUCUUCACUCCCUGCCUUGUGCAAGGUUGGUUUUAGUGUGGAAGCGGAUCUCUCAGCUUAAUGCACAUCCAGCAAACGAAGGACAAAAAGAUGUCGAGCGUGGUCUGCCUUGAUUUCGAUGAAGGACCCUUGCAGGGAGCCGUGGACCUUAGUUUAUAAAUGUGCUUAAUGGACAGACCAGCAAUAUGGAUGAUUUAGAGAUAAAUACCGAAGUCCUUGGUGCUAAAGAAGAAGAAGAAAUCCUGUGUGAUGAUACUUUCAUAUCUGAGGAAGAAGGUGGCAUUCCUAAACCCCAGGAGAGCGACACACCGUUUCAGAAGGCUCUGCCUGAGGAGCUGUCGAGGGACAGAUCUGAAAACGCCUUAAGUGGAGGCCAGGCUUCACUAUUUAUACACACUGGUGCUCCUACUGUUUCUAGUGAGAACUUUAUCUUGUCUCACGGAACUGCUGUUAAUGGACCAGUUUCACACUCCACCUCAGCUAAGACUUCCAUUAUGAAUAAGGGCGGUGUUUCAUUAACCACUGGACAGCCCGUAGGGCAUCACACAGAUUCCUGCUCAACUUUGGCAGUGGUUCAUGAUCUUCAGCUGCCUGCCAAGAGCUCAACACAGAAAUCUAAUCAGCACCAAGUUUUAUUUUUGUUACCUGAUGUAGCACACGCUAAGAACCUGACUCAUUCCAUUAAAAAUCUACCUACCUCUGCCUCAGUUGGUUGCGAUUCGCAGAAACCAGUAGGAAGUAGUGUCGACAGCACUUUAGUAGGGCAAGAAGUUUGUGAGGAUGAUAAAGAUUUGCUAGCGAAAGAUGAUUGUGUCGAUGCAUUAACAGGCAUUUCCUCAGGUACAGGUGGUUUCAGAUCGGGCUGUGAUCCCAGCUGGGAUCCGCAGAAAGAGUUCAUCCAGUUUCUGAUGACGAAUGAAGAAACGAUAGAGAAGUCUCCCAUUCACUGCAAAGUAGGCUUAGAAAAAAAGCGGAAAAGGAAAAUGGAUGUCAGCAAAAUCACUCGCUACACCGAAGACUGUUUUAGUGAUACCAGUUGUGUUCCCAGUAAAUCAAAGCUGUUAAACGUUGACUUCUUAGAGCAGAAUGAGGAGCUAGAAAUAGUAGAACCACAGAAAUAUUCAUUGAGCAAAGUAAAACCUGAAUCCACAGACGAAGAGCUGGAAGCCGUUGAUGCUAUCCAGCAGCUCAUUUACAGCCCCAGCAGUAACUGUGCAGAGGACACUUCUCCUGUUCACCCUAGCACUUUCCUUCCCAAUCAUUUAAAAAACCAGUGUGAACAGAACGACUCUGAAUCGCCAUCCACCUUCAGUACGGAUGAACCGUCAUUCUAUCCCUGUACUAAGUGCAAUGUGAAUUUUAGGGAGAAGAAGCAUCUACACAGGCACAUGAUGUACCACUUAGAUGGGAACAGUCAUUUCCGACAUCUCAAUGUCCCUAGGCCCUAUGCGUGCAGGGAAUGUGGAAGGACAUUUCGAGAUCGUAAUUCCCUUCUUAAACACAUGAUAAUUCACCAGGAGCGAAGGCAGAAGCUGAUGGAAGAAAUCCGUGAGCUGAAGGAACUUCAGGAUGAGGGCAGGAGCGCGCGGUUGCAGUGCCCACAGUGUGUAUUCGGUACCAACUGCCCUAAAACGUUCGUGCAGCACGCAAAGACCCAUGAGAAAGACAAAAGAUACUAUUGCUGUGAGGAGUGCAAUUUCAUGGCUGUGACAGAAAAUGAACUGGAAUGUCACAGAGGGAUUGCACAUGGAGCCGUGGUCAAGUGUUCGAUUAUCGGUAGCGAUGUGUCACAGAGAAAAACACAGAAAAAAGCAUCCUUGAAAGAUCCCUAUUUAGGAUCCUCAAAAAAAUCAUCAACGUACAUGUGUAAGAUGUGUCCCUUCACGACUUCAGCCAGAAGCGUUCUAAAAAAACACAUGGAGUAUUUGCACCCCGCGUCGUGCAUCGACCCCUUUGGUGGCCACCUCAGACUAGAGAAAAGGAAAAGCAGCAUUAUAGAAGAACCUUUCAAUUUCAGUAGCAGGACGAAACAGUUUAUCAAACAAUCUUCUACUUUUCCAAAGAACUCUGCUUUAAAGCAGGACGUAAAACGAUCGUUUGGCUCUGCCUCGCAGUACAGUAACUUUGCCAAGCUUCACAAGAGACCCUACAGGAUACAGAAGGCUCGGAAAAGCGUUUCGCAUUCAUCUGUAAGUUCGUGCAAUCUAAAUUCUACAAACAAGACCUUUUUGGUUAGAAAUAGCGUUGAACAGAAACCUAAGUAUUCCCGUCAAGCAGCAAGGCAGAAAGCUAGUGUCAAAACAAGAGGUAAUUGUUUGUAUAGACACAAAUAUGGAAACUACAGGAUGAUUAAAAAAUCCAGUGGCUCUUCUCCUUUGCAUUUAAAAAAGGAAGAGUCUGGCUCUGUUGGUUCUUUACAUUUACUGUCUUCAUCAAGUAGGCCCCGUAAUAGUUGUUUUGUCAUGGAUACAAAUACUUUUGGUUGCAAAGGGGCAGAAGGCUGUAAGGAUGAUAGGUGUGUAGCUGUAAAAAGAGUGGUUAAAGAACCCAAGAGGGAAGGCUCUGUUACAGGAGAUGGUUUGGAUUGCUGUUCAGAUUUUCUGCAUAAAAUGACUGUUGUUGUUUUACAGAAACUUAAUUCUGCUGAAAAAAAAGACAGCUAUGAAACAGAGGAUGAGAGUUCAUGGGAUAAUGUUGAACUGUGUGAUUACACUACCCAGUCUGUGGAGGAUGAACCUUACAGUGAUAUCAAUCAGGAGCACGUAAGCCUGUUCCCCAUAUUCAAAGGUAAAAUGGAAGAUCACGAUGCUGGUGAUAAAUCUUCACUUAGUUAUGAGCAGAACGAUGGCUUUUAUUUUGAGUACUAUGAAGAUGCUGAGAGUGGUAGCUUCCUGCAUGACUUGCAUGACCCUCAGAAUUUAGAGAAUGUAGGAUCAGCAUUGCCAAAGCAUAAUUCGGUUUUCCAUUGGACCGAUUUGUCACUGGAGAAGAAGUCCUGCCCAUACUGUCCAGCAACCUUUGAAACAGGGGUUGGCUUGUCCAACCAUGUCCGGGGCCACCUCCACAGAGCUGGACUCAGCUAUGAAGCCCGUCAUGUUGUUUCACCGGAACAGAUAGCAACGAGUGAUAAAAUGCAGCAUUUUAAAAGGACCGGAACGGGAACUCCUGUUAAACGUGUCAGAAAAGCGAUUGAGAAAUCGGAAACUUCCUCUGAGCAUACGUGUCAGCUCUGUGGGGGCUGGUUUGAUACUAAAAUCGGAUUGUCUAAUCACGUGCGAGGACACCUGAAGAGGCUUGGCAAAACCAAGUGGGACGCGCACAAGUCUCCAAUCUGUGUGCUGAACGAGAUGAUGCAGAAUGAAGAGAAGUACGAAAAGAUCCUGAAGGCUUUGAACAGUCGUCGCAUUAUUCCCCGACCGUUUGUUGCUCAGAAAUUUGCGUCAAGCGAUGACUUUUUAUCUCAGAAUGUUUUACCUCUUGAAGCAUACCAUAAUGGCCUAAAGACUGAAGAUACAUCUGUGUCUGCGUCGGAGGAAGAAGGGCUGAGUUUCCUAAACGAAUGUGAUCAAACGAAAGCAGUGCUGCGUGAUGGGAAAAAAAAUCAGUCGCUUACACUGAUAGAACUCCUGAAAAAUAAGAGGUUGGGAGAAGAGAGGAAUCCUGAUAUUUCUCCUCAAAAAAUUCAUAGUCAAACCGCGAGAAAGAGGUUUGUUCAGAAAUGCGUUCUUCCAUUAAAUGAAGACAGUCCAUUGAUGUAUCAGCCACAGAAAAUGGACUUGACUAUGCAGUCAGCUCUAGACUGUAAGCAAAAGAAGUCAAGGUCAAGAUCCGGAAGCAAGAAAAAAAUGCUGCCAUUACCUCAUAGCGCUGACGAAGUUUACAUACUCAGAUGCAGGUUUUGUGGUCUGGUCUUUCGAGGACCGUUGUCUGUUCAAGAAGACUGGAUAAAGCACUUGCAGCGACAUAUCGUCAACGCCAAUCUUCCACGAACUGGAGCUGGCAUGGUGGAAGUCACGUCACUACUUAAAAAGCCUGCUUCAAUCACUGAAACUUCAUUUUCUUUACUGAUGGCAGAAGCGGCGUCAUAGAACAAGGAGCCGUUUUAAGUUUUAAUUGGGUGUAAAUUUGAAAUACUUUGUCAUUUUUUUAAAUAAAUUGCUACACUAAAUUAUGUUUCUAAAUGCUAAAGACAGCGAACCAGAGGACGUGGAUCACAGUAACAUCAAAACAAAUUGAAUACUUAAGAGUUCCAGUAAGUAGUCUUUAUAUUUUCUAUAGGGUGGAAGAUGUGUUUUUAAGGUUUAUUAUGUUCCUGUUGGUUACUGUGUUCACUCUCGAUACCAGACCAUUACGUUUAUGGCAGCCAUUUUUAACUUGUUGCACAUGGGUACUUAAAAGACAGAUUUUAAUAAAGCAAAGAAAUCGCGUUCUCUUCAGUGUUACCCAAAUCAAGGCUCUGUUUAUUCCAAAAAGAGUUACAUAGUAAAAUAAGAUAUUAUUCUAUUUUGUUUGUAUGUAUGUAGUGUUUUGUAUAAUACCAAGAACUGCUAAUACAAUUUACUCAACUUAGGGCAUUAAAUAUCAUAUACUUCAUAGUUCAAGAGACUGUUUCACCCCAAUAGGGCAAUUAGUACUAUUCUAUCUAGGUGUGUACGUGUUUUUUUUAAAUCACAUGAGGCUUUUUGUACUAAAAAAAGUGGAGGGAAACUUGUUUAAACAAAUUUCUAAGAUAAAUAUGUACAUAAUACUGGAAAUUUGUGGUAAGGAAAUAUUCUUUACUUCAGUCGCAUUUCUCACUGACAAUAAAGUGGUGCAUCCAUGCUACCUCCUACUUGUCAACAAAGAUGGUAUUUACCCUUCUGGUUUUGUAUCAUAGCAGAUUCAAGCCGAGUUCCUUUAUUACCGAGCAUCUUUUUGUUAACAGGUUUGUUUUUAUGAUGAUUUCCUCUCCGUCUGACUCGCUCACAGACGUUUGCCUCGCUCCUAUUUUAUUUAACACUGUAGAAAUGUACUAAUCCGCAUCGCUCACUACACGGUUAGCCUAGAGCUUUCAGUUAUGAUUCUGUUUGAAAGACUGAUCUAUUUAGAGGAUUCGAACGCAGAUCGAGAUGUUCCUACGUAUGAAGAGAAUGUUUACAGCUUAAAUCUUGGAGCUUGUUUUGGCUGUGAUUAUCUGUAUGGAAACUGUAACACUAUGCUCAUGCUAAGGACCUACGUACGGAGUUGCUGAAAUAAAUGUGCUGUGAGGAUGGAAACACGGUGCAGAUGUCUUGGUCAUGAUGACUUGUGUUUGCUCAUUCGAACUGUCCGUAGGACGUGAGUUUUUUUGUUUAAAUCGAAUCAGGUUCCUCUGCAAAUCGAUUUUGUAUGCAAGUAACAUUUCAUUUUACUCCUGUAGGGUAACAGAUACUGUAGUUAAGCCAAGGAUAUGCAUUGAUAUUUUCUUUAUGUGUAAAUAAAGUUAAAAGCAGUUAAAACAAGAGGAGUAUUUUGGUAGAGUAUAUACAUACCUCACUGCCAGUGAAAUUGCUUUCCUAUGGUAUAUCUCCUUACCAGAAAAAUCUCUAAAUAAAAAGGUUUAAAGAAAAUCUAAAUGUCUAUAAUGUGAAGCGUUUAUUUGCAUUGUGUGAAUUAAGUUUGUGACAUUGAUUUGUCUUGCUUGAGAUUAGAAUCUUCUCAUGAUCUUGAGUACAAGUACCUUGACUUGCAAUAAACUGACUUGU